AGCGGCGGCGGAGCUUAUUACUUUGUGCCCUAAUUUUCUGCCGGAGAAGAAAGAAAAAAACAGUUUACUUUUUCGAGUUCCGGCGAGGGUAAACGAUGUCGUACGACGAUGUUGAGAUAGAGGAUAUGGAGUGGAACGAAGAGAUUCAAGCGUACACGUAUCCUUGUCCUUGUGGCGAUUUGUUUCAGAUUACGAAAGAAGAUCUCCGGCUCGGCGAAGAGAUCGCGAAUUGCCCAAGUUGUUCGCUUUAUAUCACUGUCAUCUACAAUAUGGAGGAUUUUCAAAACGAUACUAAGAAGAAUAACGAACCUAAAACUCGUCAGCCUGUUGCCGUCGCCUGAGGAUAGUCAUGGAAUUGAUUAUAGAAGAUUAUUCAACAACCACCGCAAAAGAGAUUAAUCUGUUGUGCAGAGUUUUGGAAAGCAUUUUGAAAGUUUGUCACCAUCCUUCAGAGUUUUACAUUAACCACAUAUAGAGAGAGAGUUAAACAAGGAAAUAGAUGUGUUUGUUACUG